CCCCCAUGGCACUGCUCGGCGACGCGCUGCGGCAGGCGUUCAUGCCGCGGCGCGCGUACGCGGCGCUGCGGGACGAGGAGCGGGCGCUGCCCCGGCUCCGCCGCCCGCUGGCCGCCGCCGCCGCCGCCUGCGUGGCGGCCGCGGUGGCCGCGGCGGCCGGGGUCAGCCUCGGGAUCGUGUUCCCCGCCGAGCCCGCCGAGCGGCCCUUCUGCCGCGAGCGGCGCAUGCUGGAGGCGCUCCCCGCGGCGGCCAGCAGCAGGGAGGAGGAGCCCGAGGCGUACCGGUACCGCGGCGGGGCGUUCUACAUGACCACCGCCGAGGCCGCCGACUUCUACUGGAUGGUCGUCUUCGUGCCGUCCGCCGUCCUCUUCGCCGUCUCGUCUGCCUACCUUGUAUCUGGUAUAUCUGUUGCAUAUGCCGCUCCAAGAAGGCAUCCAUUUAUCUGUGUUGUUGAGAAUAACUUCUGUGCUUCUAAAAGAGGCGGUGUUCGUUGCUUGGCUAUACUUAAUGCAGUUUUUGCUGUCAUAUUUGGUCUCAUGGCAAUUAUUCUUGGAUCAACGCUUCUUGCUCUUGGAAGUAGUUGUUCUGUUCCUCUCUUCUGGUGCUAUGAAAUUACAGCAUGGGGUUUGGUAAUCCUAUAUGCUGGCACUGCCUUCUUCUUGAGGAGGAAAGCUGCAGUGAUCCUCGACGAGGGUGAUUACACUCCCCACAAUGCGGGUCUGGAAAUGCUGGAGACAAAAAUAGAAGUGACACCAGAGAUGCAGAGGCGAAUCAACGAUGGCUUCAAGUCAUGGAUGGGGUCAUCUACUCUAUCCUCUGAUGACGAGGAGGAAGCUUCGGAUGACUAUAUAGAGCACAAUGUGCCUAGCCCAACAGCUUCAGUUCAAGUCAGGCAAGAGAGUAAUCUAGAUAGCUGACUAAUGUAUAAACAAAUGUACAUAGUGCUCCACUUAUUCCUUAAUGCUUGUAAAUGCUUGGUGGGGGUUUUAACUGCUAACAAGUGAUUUUGUUUGUUCUUUUCCCCUAGAGGGAACACAUGCUGGGGGUUAGUUUAGCAGCUGAAGUUUCAUACAAGAGGUUCCCUUUUUUUCCCAUGUACACUUCCCUAUGAAACCUUUCCUUUCCAUCCCUUUUGUCUUGGGUCAUAUGUGUUGGUGGAAAGGAGUAAAUAGCUAUACCCAUGUAAGAUACACUGCUCUCGCUAGUCAGCAGUUGACAAAAUAUUGUUGGGUUUGGUUGGUAUUUUA